AUGCUCGCUAUCUUACCCUUCACCGUACUGCUGGGCAGCUUUGCCGGCAAAGUCGCUGCUGACACCAGUUUUAUUACCCCUGGAGGAUCUGGUUCUUCGGGAUGGAAGAAUAACCCAACUUACGAUGUCGAUGAUAGUAUGAACGUGGAAUGGAACACGGAUCUUGAAGAGACCAACCUGUUGCUCUGGCAGGAUUAUCCUCCCGCUGGCGGCGGUACUCAGUACUUCGUACAACUCAAAGAAAACACAACAUCGACAAGUUAUAUCUGGACAGUCAACUUUAACGGUUUCUCUUUAGAAGUUGGUGACAACCGAGACGCUGUUUUCCACUACGCCCUCUUUAAAUCCGGCACAAACGAUAUGGUCGCCGUCUCAGCUGCGUUCAACGUUACCGUUCCCAAGGACGAGACGACAUCUGCUUCCCUUGCUCCAACAACUGCCUCCCCAAUUCCUUCAUCAACUGCCGGUCUCUCUAAGACAACAACGACCGAAGCUGCGACCGAGACAACAACAGACACUUCCUCCAACAAAGAUGAUGGAGGUCUCUCCACUGGUGCUGUAGCCGGCGUGGCGGUCGGCGCGACAAUUGGCGGCAUUGCCCUGCUCGCCGGUGCUGGCUUUCUUCUCUGGAGACAUUUCCGAAAGGGUAAAGGUGCUACUGCUGGAGGAUACGCGCCGCCUAGUGAGAUGCCUGCUGGUGCGCAGAACCAGCCUGUGCAGGAGUACUACAAACCCCCUACGCAGCAGGCUCCGGCUGAAAUGGCUGGUCAGCCAUGGACUCACCCAUCACAGAACGGAUACCAGGGACCUGGUGGUCUUCACGAGGCGCCUUAG